UAUGGCCGAUGCAGUGGAAAGUGCCUUGACAGCUGCCGAAAAAUUAGAAUUAUCACUAGAAGAGCUUGAUGUUUCCGAGUUUGACCUGCCUGAAGUAGCAACACCACCAACACUAGAAAGUAUCUUGAAUGAACCAGAUGAUGACAAUGUAUUUGAAGAUGAGAGUCAGUUGGAGAUGUUCAGAGGAGACCAGGCAGAUACAAUGUCUGUAUCUUCCAUGUCCUCAGCCUCCAGCCAUGACAUAGCAGAGGGCAAGUCUCCUAAGAAGCAGAGGAAGAGCAUUACAUAUGAGGCACAUGGAUCCAUUUUAAGACAUGUUGUUCUAAAAGGCAUCUCUGCCCAGCUGAACUCAGCUUCAGAACGUGUAGAUGCUGGAAUGCCUACAGCAGUGGCUGUUUCCCAGUUAAUUGCAAUAGGGACUUCCCAUGGACUGGUGCUAGUGUUUGACCCCAAGCAGGUGUUAAAAUGGUGCCUGGGCAGUACAGCUGUCGGAGCUCAGUAUGGAGCAGUGUCAGCUCUCAGCUUUAACAGAGAUUGCACUAGACUACUCUGUGGAUUUGCUAGAGGGCAGAUCACCAUGUGGGAUAUCACAAAUGGGAAAUUGCUGAGAACCAUCACAGAUGCUCAUCCCCCAGGGUCUGCUGUGCUGCAUGUGAAGUUCACAGAUGAACUGACAGUGGCAGUUUGUAGUGAUAGCGGGGGCUCAGUUUUUGAACUAGAAUUCAAGCGUCUUAUAGGGGUACGGACAUGUGAGUCUAAAUGUUUAUUCUCUGGAAGCCGGGGUGAAGUGUGUGCAAUAGAGCCUCUUCAUAUGAAUUACACUAUCAAAGACCAUCCUAUGAAGGAUGUUAUGAUACUUGCCAUGGCAACAUUCUCUAAGGUCUUAAUAGUAACACUGAGACCACAACUCAAAGUUAUGUUCUCACAUCCUUUAAAGGGCGACAGCUCCACACUGCCACUGCUGGCCUGGCAGUUUGUGGUCAUCCAGGUCUCUGACAAGGACAGAGUGAUUGACCCAGUGCUGGCCUUUGGAAGGGACAGCACCAUACAUUUCUUUCAGGUGAUCUGUGUGAAUCCAGAAAACAUAAAAUUUUCACCACUGCAAAAAAUAGAGCUACCAUAUAAAAUCCUCAGUGUCACAUGGCUGAAUGCAAGGACAGUGGUCAUCUUGGACAGGUCAGAGCAGCUCCAUGUGGUGGACGUAAGAAGUGAAGAAGAAUUGGAGGUCCUGGAUGUAGGAGAGGUGCAGCUGGUCUAUGGCAGCAGUUACUUCAAGUCUUUAGCCACUGGAGGCAAUGUUAGCAAGGCCCUGGCAUAUGCAGGUGACUCAGCCUGUUAUCAGUCACUGGUCAGUUACAGUGGUCAGCUGCUACUUCUGGGUACUAAGAGUGUCCACUGUUACACUCUCAGGAACUGGACAGAAAGAAUAGAUGUUCUAGUUAGACAGGGAAGGACUAGAGAUGCCCUGUCCCUGGCGUACUCUUUCUAUCAAGACAAGGCCAAGGCAGUGGUGGGUUUACUGGGAGGACUACAGAAGAGGAGGCAGGUAGUUGCUGACAAGAUGAUGGAGCUGUUGUAUAAGUUUGUAGACAAAGCAGUUACAACAGACUGCCCUGAGUCUGGGAAGAUGGAAGAGCUGGAGGAAUACUUCCAGAGUGUAGUUCCAGUCUGUGUGGAUUACUGCUUGUUGCUGGGGAAAACGGAGGUCUUGUUCAGUGCCAUCUAUGACCAGUUUAGUCUAGACCCCACAGCACGAGGAGUGUUCCUGGAGUGCCUGGAGCCAUAUAUCCUGAGUGACCAGUUGACCCACAUCACACCGGUGGUCAUGAAGGCAUUUAUUGACCACUACCAGUCCAGAGGCAUGCUGCAGAGUGUGGAGGCCUGCAUUGUCCACAUGGAUGUAGGCAGCUUAGAUAUACACCAGAUUGUGAUUCUGUGUUGGAAGCAUGGUCUAUAUGACGCCAUCCUGUACGUAUACAACCAUGGCAUGAGAGAGUUUGUUACGCCUCUCGAAGAACUCCUUCGUAUUCUCAGGGCAGCUGUCUCCACAGGAAAACAACUCACAAACGAUGAGAUACGCCUUGGUAACAAGCUAUUAGUCUAUAUCAGUUGCUGUUUGGCCGGGAGGGCGUACCCAAUGGGAGACAUUCCUGAAGAUAUUGUCCAAUCAGUGAAGGACAGUGUGUUCCAUUGUUUGACCGCUCUGCAUACAAAGGAUGGGGCUGAGAAUGAGGCUAUGUAUCCGCAGUUACGGACAUUGUUGUUGUUUGAUACCAGAGAGUUUCUGAAUGUUCUUGCUUUGGCUUUUGAAGAAGCAGAGUUUAACACUCGUGAUGGUGUACAUAAAAGGCAGCGAGUGGUGGACAUUCUACUGAAGGUGAUGGUAGAGAGUGAGGGUUUCUCACCCAGCCAGGUAGGCAUAUUAUUCACAUUCCUGGCCAGGCAGAUGGCGAGACAUGAGAACACCAUCUUUGUUGACAGGGUGCUAUUUGAACAGGUGCUAGAAUUUCUGUCCCAGCCAGGAGAUGACAACAGACAUGAAGAGAGGCAGCAGGCAUUGCUGGAGCUACUCAAUGCCGGGGGUCUGCAGCAGUUUGAUGAUGGUCGUCUGCUGCAUUUGGCUGAGAAUGCAAAAUUCUACCGAGUUUGUGAACUGUUAUAUGAAAGGCGUCGAGAGUUUGACAAGAUUUUAUCCUGUUAUUGGAGAGACCAGGCAAGAAAGCAUCAAGCAUUUUCCUAUGUGAAGAACAUUAUGACAAGUGAGGCAUUUUCCACAGAAGAGAAACUGAAAGUACAGUCAGAAGCUUUGAGUCAUUUGGAGGAAUUGGUCAGUAUAGAUAGCAAGAAGACUGCCCAGAUGGUUCUCUUAGGGUUCUCAACUCCACUGGAAGAGAUUUUAAAGCAGCUUGAACCAGACAAGAAACUGCUCUAUGAGUUCCUGAAAGGAGUCAUAGAGUACAAGGAGUCAUCUGGCAGUGCUAUCCACUCAGAUCGCCAGGUCCAACUGGAGCCUGCUGUGCAUGAGCAGUACAUAGAGCUGAUGUGCCAGUACCAGCCUACUGCAGUGUACAGCUAUAUCAAGGCAGCUGAGGGGUACAGGCUGGAGGAGACACUGGAGCUGUGCAGAAAGUACAAGGUGUCUGAUGCCACAGCUUUCCUGCUGGAGAAGAAAGGAGAUGUCCAAGGAGCAUUUAAUAUUAACCUAGAGACUUUACAGGCAAGACUGAAAGACAUUCAGGAACUAUUGAAGUCCACUAAAGAUGAGACAAGACCUGAAAAAGUCAUGAUCAUAAGUGAAAAUAUCAAAGUGGCUUUCAGCUCACUGCAGGCAGUAUUACUAGUCCUUAUACAGCUCUGUCAGAGAAACUCCAGCAAAAUUGAUGAAGCUGAGAGGGAGAAACUGUGGUUUCCCCUUUUUGAGGCCAUGAUGGCCCCACAACGACGCCUCAAAGAUGACAUCAAUAAACAACACCUGGAUGCAUUCAAGGAGCUGACUUCCCAUGUGUUGAACAGCAUGAUGGGAUACAUCUCCAUGCCUGCCAUCUUGCAGAAGAUCAUGCAGGACCCUGCGUACAGUAACGGGAAGUUUGGAGAAGUUCGAGAACUCAUUAUGGGGAUGCUAGACACGUAUAACUAUGAAACGACAUUACUUCACACUUGUAACAGCCUCCUCAACCAUGACUUACACCAGCAGCUAGCUGGACUGAAAGCGGCUGCCAACAGAGCCAUAGUGCCCAAGGAGGGCGGCUGCAAUCUGUGUGCUAAGCUCUUUGUGAACAUUACAGAUAAUGGAGCUGUUAUUGUGUUCAGAUGCGGCCACAGUUACCAUGCUGAGUGUCUCAAAAGCCGGGGCUCAUUUUACAAGACCAUUGGUCAAGAACAGUGGACAUGUUAUUUGUGCAGUAGCACCAAGCGUGGCCAUCUUCAGAUGACUAGGAUAAGGAGGUCAAGUUCUGGACCAUCCACUGCAAACGCUGCUGAGUCAGAAAGUGAGACAAGGAUGAAUGAAGAGCAGCUCCAUUCUGUUGAUACAAUUAGAAAAAUGAUGAAGACUCCAUCGAGGUUGGCAUUCUUAGAAGAGCUAUCUAGAGCUGAAGUCAACCAGAGGUACAGGCCAGCUGCCACAAGUUUACUCCACAACGAGAGAUUCCAGCUACGACUGGCGCCACCACCUUCACAUAUGUUGGCAGACUAAGGCCACAAGAUGACAUUAUAUUUAAAUUAUUGUAUUUCAGUAUGCAGUUUGCACGAAAUAAACAGUUGUCACACAAAUUGGUUCAGUGGUAAUAUACCAUUAUGGCAUAUCAUCAGCUAUAAGUGACAUCCUGUAUGACAUAUUCAUCAAGAUUUGCAAAGUACCUGUGUGAUAUAUUCAUAUUGAUUUGCAAAGUACCUGUGUGACAUAUUCAUCAAGAUUUGCAAAGUACCAUCAUGGGAACUUUUGGAGUCUGCGAGUAAAGGCUCUUAGUGAAGAGAGGAACAGAUCAAUAGACUGAAGUGAGGCUACUGGCCCACUGUUAAUCUGAAUUUUUUAAAUACAUUAUUAAGAUGGGUGGCACACGCAUGACAUAAAUGAUCUUGAAAUAUAUUUCAGUCUUACCUACAGUUUCAAUUAAUGAACCUUCUGUUGCCUGUGCUUUUUGAGAGGCAUUUCAAAAUUUUGAAAGUAAAACAAUUCAUGUUAUUCUUGUUCAGUUUAAAAACAAAGAUUUCAGAUUUUAUUACACCAAAGAUUUGUAAUCUUAAGAGUUGUUGCAUCUUGAUCAAGAUGAAGCAGAUGUUUUUAAAUCAAAUGUCCAGUGAGUAUCAAUUUUUUCAUAUUUCAAAUAUUUAUUGUUAAACUUAUAC